GCGGCUAGCUGCACGCAUUUCGUUUCCGGGUAUAUUUGCGAGUAUGUCUGAGUACCAAGUCACCGGAGACUCGUCCUAGAACAUUCUUAAAGAUUUGAGAGAGAUUUAAGUAUUCAUGACAAUGACUACCUGGCGACCGGACGACCGGCGAGCCUCGGCAGCCUCCCCUUGGCGAGUAGCCACCAACGUCAACCCAGAUCUGCCCAAAUAUCACGAGGGAUUUCUGGAGAAAAAGUUCAAGUCGGGUUAUCAGAGAGUCUGGGCGGAGUUAAAGGCAGACGUCAUGUUUUUCUAUCACCCAGAGAGACAAGACGAACACGUGCUCGGCUACCUGAAGCUGGACAGAACGACGACUGUGGAAUAUCCCAAGACUAAAGGGAGGGACAGAGGUCACCAGCACAAGUUUAUAGUCAAGUGUAACAAAGAUCUGCACAAGUUUCAGGUAAUCGGUGCUCAGCUGAGAGACGUGUGGAAAGCCUACAUUUUGACAAUAGCCACGCACGUUGUUCCCGAGGAUCUAAACCUCCUCCCGGGACAACUUAUCGACGUCCGGCGGACCCUCGAGCAGGAGACGUACCGCCUGGCCAGCCCGCCUCCCCCAGUACCUCCGCACAACGUUAACGGCAACGUGACGAGAUCAGCGUCCUCCUCCUCCGGUUACUCCAGCGGGCAGAGCGGGACCAACAUGAGCGGCAGCGGGGACAGUGCCGGCUCCGAGGCCUCCAGCCUACCGCCUCCGCCUGCUGCUGUGGAAAUGCACGCCUAUAGGUUUUACCCCGAUUACCUGAAGGAACGAGGACGAGUGAGACCACCGUGGUUCUUCCACCUGCUACCACGUGACCAGGUGGAGCAGGUGCUGGCGGACAACAUCGUGAACGGGAACAUGCUGCUCCGGAGUAGCGACUCCGCUCCGGGCGGACUGGUUCUCUCGGCAAGGCUGCCCGUCAACGGAGAGCCGCAGGUCCGACAUUACAUCGUCAACAUGACUAACGGGCACUUCGUCCUCGACAUUGACAAGAAGCAUCCCCCGAUUUUGAACAUUUACGAGUUGAUUAACUACUUCAUCGACCAGAGCGGAGGGAACGUGGUUCCACUGGAGACCAGCGACCUCUCUCAGCUGGCGCUACCGGCGGGACUGUACGAGGGAGACAGGGUGGUGAAGUUGGACCAGUGCCCACACUGGGGAGAGUGGUCGGCGAAGCCAGUACCCAAGUCCGUAGUCAACAUGCUCAAGUACUCCGUACCACCAGAUGAGCUGCACAAAGUCCAGGAGAUGUCCAUCUGGAAUCCACCCAGCAUGCAACUGCCGGAGGUGGACUACGAUGACGAACCAACCCCAAUAUUCCUUGAGCAUGAUGACGACGAUGUACAUGAUUAUGUCAAUUGUGAGGAAGAAAAGAAUGAAGAAUGGGUGGAAGACACUGAGAUGAAGAUUCCACGCCCACAGGUGUCAUGAAAGUAACAACAAUCAUGGUGAUGGUUUUUAAUCAUAGCAGAUUAGACAGGGGCGAUCAUCAUGACUGUCUGGAAAACAGCAUAUAGGGUUUGAGGUACAAGUGAUCACCUGACAAACCUGUACAAGUGACCACCUCUACCUGAUAACAGCCUGACCAUCGUGACCACUUGUUUUGGUGGUCCCAUAUACAAUUUUUCCCAUUGAUACAAGCAUUAUGAGUCCUGAAUCCUGUCUAAGGACCACCUGUCCUCCUAGAUCAGAUUUUACAGGUCCCGAGUUCUUAGGCAGUUUUGACUGUAUGUACCUAAUGAUGACCUGUAAAAUCAUUUGCACCAAAGUUUUUAUACGCUAUUGCAUUUAAAUAUCUAUUCCCAAAUCAAUAUCACUUGAAUUAUAUUUAUAUUUUGUGACUUCAUGGAAUACAUUUAUAUAGAAAUACCUACUGCAUGAAGUUACAUGGGAACUCCAACUUUGUAUAAACAACCCUCUUCCAGAUGUGCAUGUAUGUUACACACUCAUUCUACGUGUAACCUUAUAGUUUCUGCUACAUGUACGUGUUGAAGAACUGCUGCUGAACAAAAAAUCAUAUUAGCAAAGGGGCCUGCCUAUAUUGGAUAAUAAUGAGACAUUGAGUUGUGUGAAAGAGUUUAGUUCUGAAUGUAACAUCUUGGUUUGUACGUGGGCAACAAUUUUAAAGAACUGCACAAAGUCCUAUGUGAAUCUGUUUGAAACUUGAAAACUGUUCCAGUGUCAUCAGAAAUAUUUUAUGAAACUGAUACACAUGUAUUCUGAAGCUGAGGUAUCAUUCAAAUUUUAUGCAUUUUUGUUAAAACUCACUUAUUUUUUAACGUUAUUGUAUAUCAAUUUUUAUAUAUGAAUUGACAACUGUAUCAAGAGAUGUAUUUAAAUGCUGCUGUAUUUUGGGUAGUUCGGUGUAGUGCAUGUCUAGGUCAGGGUAGAGAUUGCAACCUGGCAUAACAGCUGAUUCUAUCCGUAGACAGAGACUCUGAUCUGGAUUCUUGGAAUGUGUUCGGAUGGUCUCCAAAUUGUAGAUCCCAAGCUUCAAGUCAAUCCAUUGACAUAAAGAGACAGACACAAUCUAAGUUGAAAAUUUCUAAAAAGCCCAAAUCCACAAGCAAAGAAAAAAUUAGACUCCCGUAGGAUCUCCAAACGGUAGAAUGUCUGUUUGUACUGGCAGAGAUUCUGA